GGCGGUGCUUAGAAGCGGAAGUGUGUGUCGGCUGAUCUCUCCGGCUGUCAUUCGGCCACGGUUGGUUUUACAGGAGAGAGAAAGAGAGAGAGAGAAAGAGAGAGAGAGAGAGAGAGAGAGAGAGAGAGGAGGGCAGCCUUAAAGAAGCACACAGGGAAUAGCGGCUGGCUCUGUAGGAAGACAGAAAAGACAGGAAAAUAUACAGAAAACAAUGAAACCGAUCGAGUAAAGGCUUGUGAAAGACACCGCGGCCCGGAUCUAUCUCACUCGUUGCCAGGAGAUUAAACAGUCCAGAUUAGAGGCAGCAGGAUAGAGAGAGAGAGGAGCUGUGUCAUUGAGCAGGCAGGACACGUCAGGAGAAGGGAGAGAAAAAAAAAAAAAGAGCUGACCGACUGCACUGUAGUCAGCUAUCAAAACCACCUCUGAAAAAAGCUUUGCUCAGUAUUUUCAAGGACAACACUCAAGGAGAAAGGAUCUCGACAAAAGACAUCGCCAAAGGUCGAAGGUGGUGAUCAGGAAGGACCAAACGAUCACGGGAUAGCAUUUGUGUGUGGGGGGAGAAAACAAAUGGGGGAUUACGGGUUCGGAGUCCUAGUUCAAAACAACACUGGCAACAAGUCUGCAUUCCCGGUCCGAAUCCACCCGCAUCUGCAGCCCCCACACCACCACCAAAAUGUGUCGCAGAGCCCUGCUGCUUUCAUAAACAGCACCACAGCCGCAGGGAAUGGCACCACGGGAGGCUCUCCCUGGCUCUUCCCUGCCUCUGCCACCCACAGCAGCGUGCAAGACGAAAUCCUGGGGGGCCCAGAGAAGCCCAAAGCGCAGCAGCAACAGGAAAUGCAAGAAACGCAAGAAAAGCAGCAGCAGCAGUUGUCCCCUGGGAGUCACCAGGAGGGUGGGAGUGGUGGCGGUGGGAUCAUUUCAGAACUGGAAAAAGCCCGGUCAGAUGAAACCAAGACAGACAACGGCACGUCCGACGGAAGUAACGGAAAGGAGAAGCAGUUACGUCUGGAGUCUCCUGUCCUGACGGGCUUCGAUUACCAAGAGACGUCUGGUCUCGGGGGAACUGGCCAGGUCCAGUCCAGUACAACCUCGUCAUCACUUACGGGCUUCAACAACUGGUCAGCUGCCAUCCCGCCGGCGCCAUCAACCAUCAUCAAUGAGGACGUCAGCUUCUUCAACCCGGCUUCAGCCAACAACGGGCCCCUGCUGUUCCAGAACUUCUCACACCAUGUCAGUCCAGGGUUUGGCGGGAACUUCUCCCCACAGAUCGGACCAGCGGCGGCCUUGUCCCAGCACCACCCGGCUCCCCCACCACAUCCCCACUUCCAACACCCCCACAACCAACACCAGCAGCAUCGGCGCUCCCCGGCCUCACCACACCCUCCACCGCCCUUUCCGCACAGGAAUCCGGCUUUCAGCCAGUUGCCGCAUUUGUCCAACAGCCUGAACAAGCCCCCGUCCCCUUGGGGUCCAGCCAGCUACCAGAGCCCCUCUCCCUCCCCCGGCUCCUCCACCUCCUGGAGUCCCGGAGGAGGAUAUGGUAGUGGCGGGGGCGGCUGGGGAGGGUCUCAGGGCAGAGAUUAUCGCCGAGGGCUGAACGGCGGGAUGACCCCCAUCAACUCUAUCUCUCCACUGAAGAAGACCUUCCCUAACAACCAUGUGGCAUCCCAGAAGUACCCUCGAAACAGUCCCGCAGGCUUCAACCCCAAGUCCUGGAUGGAUGAUGGAGUCGGCCGCAGUGAUAACAUCUUCCCCUUUCAGGAACGCACCAGGUCAUUUGACAGCUUCAACAUGAACACGCUGGAGAGCUCCCUGAUCGACAUCAUGAGGGCCGAGCAGGACACCCUGAAAGGUCGUCUGGGGUUCCCCCAUCCAGGAGGAGACAACCCUCUGCCCCUCAAUGCCAGGAAUUAUAGCAGGAGACGAGGCCACUCCUCUCUCUUUCCCAUGGAGGAUGGUUUCCCUGAUGAUGAGCGUGGUGAUCAGGGUCUUGCAGGCCUGGGCUCUCCACACUGCUUUCCACACCAGAACGGAGAGCGCGUCGAACGCUACUCACGCAAGGUCUUUGUGGGAGGACUGCCCCCGGACAUAGAUGAAGAUGAGAUAACGGCCAGUUUCCGGCGUUUUGGACACCUGUUUGUGGACUGGCCUCACAAAGCGGAGAGCAAAUCCUAUUUUCCACCCAAAGGCUACGCCUUCCUGCUGUUCCAGGAUGAGAGCUCAGUGCAGGCUUUGAUCGAUGCCUGCAUCGAAGAGGACGGCAAGCUGUACCUCUGUGUGUCCAGCCCCACCAUCAAAGACAAGCCGGUCCAGAUCCGCCCGUGGAACCUGAAUGACAGUGAUUUUGUGAUGGAUGGAUCUCAGCCUCUGGACCCGAGGAAAACCAUCUUUGUGGGAGGUGUCCCUCGUCCGCUCCGUGCAGUGGAGCUGGCCAUGAUCAUGGACCGCCUCUAUGGCGGGGUUUGCUACGCUGGCAUCGACACAGACCCUGAGCUGAAGUACCCCAAGGGAGCAGGGCGGGUCGCCUUCUCUAAUCAGCAGAGCUACAUUGCUGCUAUCAGUGCUCGCUUUGUACAGCUGCAGCAUGGAGAAAUCGAUAAACGGGUGGAAGUGAAGCCAUACGUGCUGGAUGACCAGCUGUGCGAUGAGUGCCAGGGAACUCGCUGCGGCGGGAAGUUUGCACCGUUCUUCUGCGCCAACGUCACCUGUCUGCAGUACUACUGCGAGUACUGCUGGGCGGCCAUCCACUCGCGCGCCGGACGAGAGUUUCACAAACCCCUGGUGAAGGAGGGAGGCGACCGACCCCGUCACAUCUCCUUCCGCUGGAACUGAGUGGACGACAGAGAGAGGGAGAGGCAACAGGGGAGCAUGAGGGCAGGUAGUGCAGGAGUCGCAAAUCAUUGUACAAAUAAAUGCACUUUUCUGUUGCUGGUUCCUUUUUGCUCUAAUUUCACUGAACCUUUUUUUCUCAUUUUUUUUAAGUUAAUAUAUAUCUAUAUUUUGAAGAUAGAAAAGAAAAACUGGAAUUAUAUCCAAAUAUGUCCAGCAAGGAAAAAAGAUGUGUAACAUAAUUUUAUUUAUGCGUUUGAUUUUUUGAAAUAUUUUUAUUAGUUCUCAAAAAAAAAAAUACAUAUAUAGGAAAGUUUGAGGUGUGAUAUGGUACUCUGCUAUUCAAUUGGCAUAUUUUUUCUAAACAUUUGAUUUUUUAAUUUUGAUACAAGAGGCCCCAAAACAACACACUUCAUUUGACAUUUGAUUGACUUCUUUUUUGUAGCAGAGCUAUUGCUUUUUUAUUUUGUACCAAGUCGCAAAAUGCUGUUGAAACAGCAUUAUCAUUGGCUAUUUAUUUCUGAGAGGUGUGAUUAAGUUCUCUAUUGAUACAAGAGGCUCCAGAGCAAAUGUGAAUUGAAAAAGGUGUUGCUAAAGAAGAGUGCACUUAUUUCCAAUUUUUAAAGAGUGCAGAUACAGUAUAUGAGACCCUUAGUAGUUAACCAAAGCUGAAUCUUGAAUUAACUUUGAAGACCAGAGAGGGCCCACUGCAGAACGAUUCUUUCCCCCUCCCCAUAUCUAAACGUUUGAAACCUCUCUUUUUAUGAUUUCCAACGUCAUACGAAUAUUUUGAUGUUACUUGAAAAAAAAUCGCAACGAAAUUUUAGCAACACAUAUUUGGGUUUUGAUCUCCAUUUUGACAUGCAAAAACUAAUACCUCAAACUCAGCUGCUAAUGUGCCGAAUACAGUUUAAAAAAAAGAGAGAAAAAAAAAAAGCAAGAAAGAAAGAAAACACCCCGCUCGUGUUCUCCUUUCCUUAGAACUAGAAAAUCAAAGGGAAGUGAUGCAAACGGGCAGAGUGUGACGUGACUGGCACAGUUUUUGUACUCACUUGCUUCAACACCUCCUUAUUUUUGUAAUCAAACCCAGGGUUGUGCUAGAGGACAGAGCAGAGCAUCGUACAGUAUAGUGUAUUAGGGGAAUGUAUGGCGUUAAGGGAGGCUACAGGAGAGACAGACAAGGCUUACUGGUAAAGAGAUAAGUCCAGCCCAACUCCCCCCCCCCCUCCUCCUCGUGUCUGCCUGUGGCCUCUGCUGCUAAGCAUAGCAGCUAAACGGAGAGUAGCGAGGGUUUGGAUCUUUCAGGACUGAGGUUAAGGUAACACCUCGAGAGAAGGCUGGUCAAGCGGCCGCCUUUUUAUUGCAGUUUCUACGGGGGCUAGGAAAAAUCGAACGGGAAAAUGCCUGUCCUUUUGUUAGUUUUUUUUUUUAAAUGCAUUUGUGCAAUUCUCCCAAGUCUUUAAUGAAAAAAAGUUCUACUUUGCAUCUGAGAGUCAGCUACGUUUAAAUGAAAGAAGCAACGAAAGUUUAUCUGAUUUUCCCAAUCGUCAGCACACAUUUGAGUCGUGGAGGGAUCUGCCCUUUCGGCGAACCCCUCUAUCCUUUCUCCUGCCAAGCUAAUCCAACUCAGCAUCCAGUGUUUUUGAAGCAUAAAUGAAGAUAGUCUCUGCAGUGUGCUCUACUACUACACACUUGUGACCCACAUGCAGUUUGUUUCUUGAUAACAGUCAGUCGUACCCAGUGGCUUUUUUUGGGAACCAAAGAUGGCUGUGCAGUAGUGGGUCAUACUGUAGCUCAUUUUCUUAUUUCGUUUUUUAUUCUUAUUUUCCUUUUUUUCUCAUUUUCUUCAAAGGAUGUUUUUUUUCAUAUAUAUUUCUUAAAAUUCUGUCACUUCUACCCAGUUUUGCUUAACUGUCAAGCCCAGCAAACCAAAGAUUGGCCUUGAACAUGAUAUAUUUAUAUAUAUAUAUAUUUGACAGUGCAGUCAAAACACAUUAGAACACCAGUGGAAAAAAAACAACAGGGCUUGCAGACACAAACACACACACACACACACACACACACACACAAGGCCUCACACUCAUAGCUCAAAAACGGAGGUGCACGCUGGUAGGCACUAGUUCUUUUUAUCUCAAAUAGGUCUGCGGAAAGUUUAACGUAAAAGUGCACAUUCACACAGCAAAAAGUAAAACUAAUCCUCACAUUUGUUUGACGUUUGAAGUCACUCAGUGGUAACCUACUAGCCGAGCAUUUAAAUAUGUCAGGGAGUUAGUACAGAAAACUUGAUUAUACACACUAGUGAGAAACGUAUCCUCAUAUCGGCGUGGUGUCGUCGCACCAGUUUUGCACCCUGGACAUUAGUUUUGUGGGUGUGGUGGGUGAGCAUUUUAGAAGUUAAAACACUUUGUGAAGAAUUUGCUGUUAAAUGAGAUGAAAAAAAAAGAUUAUUUUAUACAUGGCCUGCUGAUUUUUGGUACAGUGUUUUCUAGCUAAAUUAUUUUGUCAUGCACAUAUAAACAUUUAUUAUGCACUACUUUUCUAAAUAUUUUUUCUUUUUUCCAACAGUCAUUUUAGGCACAUUUUUCACAAAUGGGGAAACUCCUUUUUGCAAUACCUCAAUUUUUCACAUUGUGAAAGGUAGCUUUUGUACUUUUGUUACUGAGAGAUCUGCAUAUAUGGAAAUGUUCAUUUUAAGAAAAAAAAAAAGUUGAGUGAUUUCAAUAUAUAUUAUUUUCAAUUAUGCUUUUUAUACAUUUCAGUGCUGAGGAAACUUUACAACUAAGUGCGCACUUGUGUUGAUGCGACUUCACAUCUGCAGAGGGAGAGACCAAAGUGUAUUGCUCUCUUGCUCUUAGCUUUUCGUACACUAGAUAUUUCCAGUCAAUCUGGUCACAAUAACAGCAUGGCGAGAAUUAAAAAAAAGAAGAAAAAAAGUUGUAAUUUGAAAAUCGAUGUUAAUGUCUCUAAACAUGGCUAUACUAGUUGGAAAAUGGUAACUUCUGUCUUGGUUUCCUCUCCAUAGAUGGAGUAUAACUUAUUAUAAGGAGAAUGCAAAAUUCGGUUCACGCUUAAACGCUGAAUCUCGUAUCACAAGAAUGGAUGUUUGGUGUUUAGAUAUUUUAAUAUUUCAAAAAAAGUAUAUAUAUAUUCUUGAACUUGCCAACUAGCACCUAUUGUAAUCCUUAGCAUGCAUGACAAAAAAAAGAGAAAAUGACAAGUACAUGAAUUAGCUAUUAAAAUUAAUUGUUGUGGUGUGCACCAAAUGUUUCUCAACUAUUAAGUUGUUAAGGACACCCCAAACCCACUCUCACCUCACCUCACCCCCCUCCCCCUCUCCCCUCCCCACGUGUUGAUCUCCUCGCUUCCCCAUUCGCAGACCUCUGCAGGAUGCACAUGAGAGAUAAGACGAGAAACAAGACAGAAACGUAACUUUAAAAACCGAUUUGGCAGUGCAGGACUUUGAGCAUCCUUAUAGAACACUGUUUUAAUAAGACUUGAGAACUCAUCCCCGCUGUCUGUCGAGGUGAUCUUAUAUAGACCUAUCUGGAGGAAGGGGAGCUUAAAGACUUGAAUGUGGUAAAUGUUGCAAGUUAACUUCAAGUUGUUAUGUGCAAUACUUCUUUUGAACCUUUUUCCAGAUAAAGACUCUUUGCAAUGUAAUUCUUUAAUGCCAUUUUUAAUUGCAGACAUUUAAUUAAAGAAGAUGUUAAUAUGUUUUUCACAGUCAUUUUCUACUGUUAUUGUAAUCCUUUUCAUGCUGGUGUUUGUAAAAAAGAAAAGAAAUCAAACUAUUUGUACUAAUAUAAAUAAUUGAAGUUAUUUUUAAAACAUUAAAGGUUUUGUGCUCAUUUGCUUAUUUUGUUUAUUUUAAGCUACUGUGAUUGAUUGCAUUGUAAUUAUUAGGUCAACAAUGUAUUUAGCUGUUUAUUGGUAUAUUUUUAAUUGGAAUGUAUAAUUGAUUUUUAUAAUUUUGAUCAGAUUUUUGUUAUAUUUUUGAGGUGAAGCUUUUAAUAUGUUAAAGUGUCUAGUUUUUACUAAUUGCUAUAUUGUGCUCCACAAUAUAUGGUUCACAUUUUCUGAAGGAAAAUAAAUAUUUAAAUAUUUGUCUGUUAAUGAUGUUACUUAAUGGCAAGAUUUCAAUAGUUUUUAACUGUGUUUGGGAAGGUUGUUGUAUUUAUUAAUAGCAUUUUUUACUUAAGAUAUCACCUUAAUUUUUAUUGUCAUUUCACUUUAUAAGUUCCUAUUUUUGUAUUUUCCUUUCUAAUUAAGUUAUGUAAUACGGAUAUGUCCAUAUUUCUAGGAGUUGGUCUGUAGAAGUGCUAGUGAAACGAAAAAGAAAAAUCUAAUGUUAUUUAAUUGUUUGCAGCCAACUAUUUAUAACAGUAUGCAUAAUUUUUAAAUAUUUGUAAUGUGAAAUGUUGAAUGAAAUAAAUCUUAACUGUGAUGAAAAUA